ACAAAGGAUGUGUACUUAGUCAAAACUUACACUAUUGUCUUGUUUUCCGCCAUAAGAUCAAUGCAACAAAUUGAUUAUUUUUAAUGGUCAUUUACAUCAUUCAAACAAUUUAAAAGUAAAAAUACAUUUUAAACUGCAUCAUUUAAUGAAAAUAAUAUCAAACCUCCCAGAUAUUCAAUAAACCGAGUAACAUUAAUAUCAUUUCGCAAAAUGUCUGAUUCAAGUCAAGAUAAAACCACGUCGGUAAUAUCUGGAUGUAAUGAUUCAACUCUAGCUGUUGAUGAAAAAGCAUUGCUAGAGCAGCUUAAGAAUAAUAUUCCAGUAUCAAAACAACGCAGUCUUCCUAUACCUAAGGAAGUCAAUCAAUUUGUGUUGGCAAAUUAUGGCGCUCUAUAUUACAAAUCCCAUGAUUGUUUAGAGAAACUCAAAAUCUUGAAGAUGAUAGAAAAACGAUUAAAACUUGCAGGAUAUGAAAUCAGUUGUGAAAAUUUGGAGCGUCGUUUAAAGAACAUGAAGAGUCAUUAUCGUCGUAAGAAAAGUGAUAUAGAGCGAGGAAUAGUUUCAUGUGUUGAAUGGGAAUAUUUUCAAACUCUUGAUAAGAUUUUUAAUGAACUUCCCAAACCAACUGAAAAGAGAGCAGAAAAACGAAAGAAUGAAACAGAAUCAGAUCAAAAGGAAAAAGUUGUUACAAUCAUCACUUCAACGCCAAUGUCUUCACAGGCAUCUGGAAAUUGCUUUGAAGAAGAAGCAGAAGAUUUAACAAUCACAAAGAAACCAAGAAUCAUUGCAUUUAAUAAUGCAUGUGAAAUAAAGGAACAAAUCCCAAUAAAUCCAAAAAAUGUUCCGAAGUGCGAAGAUAAUGUUGAUGAAAAUAAUGCUGCAAACAGAUCAAUUCUAAAUAAUUAUCUUGUUAAUUAUGUUCAGGAACAACAACCAGCAUCAAAUGCAGCCCCAAAUGCACCAAUCGAUGAACCUGAUGAGGACAUGUCAUCUCAAGAAUCUAACACAGCUGCAGUAUUUCAAGAGUCCAUUAGAGAAGCUCAGUUAACAAUUCGUCGUCUUGUUGAAAAUAUUAAAAAAAUUGAUGAACAACGUUUAAGUCUUGACCAACAACGCAUAAAUCUGGAAAUUCGUCGUUAUGAAAUCGACUUGAUGGGAUAUCAAUUAACUGAACUUUUAUUUAAAAUUGCUAAUCCCACACCCCUAAGUGAUGGAAAUAAAACAGUAUAAACAUUUAUCAAACAUUUAUUUCA